GGUCGCAAUCGGAUCGCGAUCGGAGUCGGCGGCGGUGGUGGUGACGAGGAGGAGGACGACGAGGAGGAGGACGAGGAGGAGGAUCGCGAUCGUGCGGCUCGCGAGAUCCACACCCCCCCCUGGGCGGGCGGGCGUGCAUGACGUACAUGUGGAUGGUGUUGCCGGCGAGGCACAACGGGCAGCAUGGACAUUGCCAACCACGGCCUGUUCCUGCUGCAGCAGCUCAACUCACAGAGGGAGUUCGGCUUCCUGUGCGACUGCACUGUAGCCAUCGGUGACGUGUACUUUAAGGCACAUAAGGCUGUGCUCGCUGCCUUCUCCAACUACUUCAAGAUGCUUUUCAUACACCAGACCAGUGACUGUGUCAAGUUGAAGCCUGCGGACAUUCAACCAGACAUCUUUAGUUACUUGCUACACCUUAUGUACACUGGCAAGAUCAUCCCUCAAAUGAUUGACCCAGUACGGCUUGAGCAGGGUCUUAAGUUCCUGCACGCUUACCCACUUCUGCAGGAGGCCAGCCUGGCUACUCAUGGUGCCAUUCCUCGCCCAGACCCUUAUUUCCCGUGGCCCUCAUCUCUUUACGGCAUACAGUUGGCUCGCAGCCAGGCCUGUGUCACCGUACAAGAACAGAAAGUUCAUAUGAUGGCAGCAGGGCUGUCAUCCCACUCUGGACCUCCACCCCAGUCCCAGCCACAGCCACAGCAGCAGCCACCAUUGCAAUCUCAGCCACAGUCUCAGUCACAGCCUCCGCCUCGGUCAGAGCAGGAGCAAAAUGUGAUAGAAGGCCCUAUCCCAAUGUCAGUAUCAGUGACACAAGGGCAGACCCACCUUGCUUUACAGCUGCCCCUUCAGUCAACACUGCAACAGCCUACUCAGUCUGCCCAGCCUUCAUGUCUUCCUUACUCACCAGGCAUCCUGGCCCAGGACUCAACAGGAGAUGAACAGAGAAGCCAUUCACUGCCAUCACUGGAUGGUCAGGUGGAAGGCCAGCUGGUGGUGAUAUCACCUCGGCCAGCCUCUGCCAGACGUGGGAGUGUGGGAACCAGUGGAGGUGGCAAUGCCUGCUUAAUUGGAAGUGGCACCAGUACAACAUUUCCACGCUGCUAUGUUUGUCACAUCUGCGGACGGCGCUUUAGCUUGCGCAGCAGCCUACGGGAGCAUUUGUACAUGCACACUGGCGUUCCCUAUCCACAGUCUGCUGUGGGUGGCAGGGGUCGGAGCAGAGGCAGGGGCCGAGGAAGCCUGCGUCGACUUCAGCAGGGGAGUCCGGAGGAGGAGGUGAUGAUGGAGCAGGAGGCCGUGGAAACCGAAGUCCUGAUCGACGGGGACGGCAGCUACCACGAAGGUUCCAGGGCUUUGUGUUCCCCGGGGGUAGCGGCGUGCGAGGGUCGUCACCAAGCCUCACCCGGGCAGCCGGACAGAGAGGCCGGGACGCCAGGCGGCGCGGAAGGGGCAGUCGACAGCCCACCAACGCCCGGGGGGGGCGAGGACGAGGAGGCAGGGGACGGGGAGUUUGAUCUUGGAGAAGAUACAGAAGGUGAGGGCGAGGGAGACAGCGAUGGCACAGAUGGAGCCAUGUUCGAGGGCUAUCGACGAGUGGGUCGCACACGCAGGUUCGCCUGCAACGUGUGCGGACGCCGCUUCACACAGAAAAGCCACUGCAAGGAGCACAUGUACAUCCACACGGGGAAGCCGUAUAGCUGCGGCAUCUGCAACAAAACCUUCUCGCGAGCCACGCAGGCGGCACGCCACGUGUGCCAGUGUCACACGCCCGAGCCGAAUGCCGAAGCGAACACCGAGCCGCUCGCCGAUCACAACGCCGAGACUCCCGACAUCAAGCCACCCCCCGGACUGGAAGGGAUGCUGCUGGGUGACCCACAGGCAUGCGAAGAGACGGCCGGAAGGGACAAAAAUGAUGGCAAAAGUAACCACGAUGGAAAAAACCAGUUUACUUCUUCCGACUGUGCCGAGGAGAACACCCAGUCAAUGCCAAAAUAAUAAAAGGAGAAAAUGCAUGUAAAAGCUAUGGGUUGAAUAAUCUUUAAGGUCAACUAAAGCGGUUGUUGCAAGGUGUUUAUUAUGAGACCUAGGGUUUGAAUUUUUAAAAAGACGUUUAACAUUUUAUGGACAAUAUGUGUAGUCUCGAACAGGGUUCAAUGACACGUUUUAACCUUCAAAUAGAAGCAGUGCUUUUUUGUUACAUACAGGUAUAUAUUUUUUACUUUUAUCAAGUUGAAACUUGAAUAUUUCGUUAACUUUUUUGUAGUGUGCAAAUGUGUUCCUUUUAGUUAUGUUUAAAUGUGUAAGAGUGACUAGUGAGGGUAUACAGUAGCCUGCGUAGUGCCAAACAUGAACAAAGCAUUGCCUGUGUUCAGGGUGCUACUUAGCACAACCGACUGCCAGUGUGCAUGUGCACUGAAACGUGGGUUUCAGCUGUCUGCUGCAAACUCAAUUCCAGUGUUUCCUUGAUAUUGUUUAGUCAUCUUAGUUGUGCUUUUCAACAAGUAUAUUGAAACAUACCAUUGCAAUCUGCAUUUUUAAGUUCAUUAUCAAUUUGGCACAUUUCAAUGUGCAGGCAGAACUGGAAAGAAAGAUGAUGUUACCUCACAAAUAUUUACUGCGGUAAGGUGGCAGCUGUGAACACAAGCGCAACAUGGUGAAAAAAGAGACCUCUCUUAGUAGUGGAUGGUGUGUAAGCACAAAUAAAACCCACAACCUCACAACGUUAACACUGUCACUGUAUUAUAACGGAAAAAGGAUAGUAGGCUAAUAUUUGGAUGGCAGGGUGGCACAUUGGUAACACAGCAUUAUGGGAAUGGAUUCCUGUGGAGUUAUUCCCCUGUUAUGUAUGGUUUUAACCCCAUAACUAAAAAACACAGUACUGAAUUGGCCAUAUAUCCCAAUGCUCAGAGAGUACCUGAAAAUUCCUCAAUUUGGAUUACACAUAGCAACAUUGCCCCCGACUGCAAAAACUUUGGUAGGAUCCUCCUUUAAAAGUCUUAAGACUCUGUGAGGCUUUCCUGAGUAAAUGUGUGAUAAUAUAUUUAGUUUAUAGCCCUUAACAAUUUCAUAACAGAGACUGAUUUACAAUUGAAAGUUGUUCAUGUUAUACCAAACCCUCCAAUCAAAGUCACCUUCCUUUCCCUCCUGUGGUGUGAAGGGCCUUUGCCCACAAAGUUCACCAGCACAGGGGCCAAUGUGGAAAGCUGCUAAUUCUAGAUGUCCAUUACUGCAUUUUAUGGGUCGUCAAUGUUUGAGAUGCCAUUUAUGAAGAACUGGAGCAGCAGACCACUUAAUGAACACUACAUAUUCAUAGAUACACAUCAACUUUUCACUGGUGUACACUCAUUUGAGAAGAUUGCUUCCAGGAUCAUUAGGAUUGUAUGCGGUUUCAAAAAUAUAGGUGAACUAAAAUAGCAUGUGUCCAAAACCCACAAAAAUUAGGCCUGUGCUGUUGUACUCAAGCUCUUAGUCUACUGGUAUCAGGCAGUGUUAAUGAUGGUGAGGAGCUGUUUGAUUUGUGCUUGUUCAUACAAAAUACAAGACACAGGGCACACAGGACAUGUUACAUUUUUUGCAGUUUGAACUGCAUUUGAUGAAAAUUGCUUGUGUAAUGGUACAAAUUAUGUCAUACAUCCCAUUCAAGACACGGUUACCACUAAUGUGCAGUGAAUUGGUAGCCAAAGCCAGAUGCAAUUUAUUUUUUCAAUGCCGCCUUCAGUUUUGUGAAAUCUUGUGACCUUAGUGGAGCAUAAAUGGGGCGUCACAAUGCAUACAAGAUAAUACAAAAACAUGUUAUUGCAUCCAGCUAUACCAGUGCAAAACAUUGCUUUAAACUGCAGACCAAAGUCACUUGUGGGCAUAAUUGCUGGAGGAUCAUUAUGCUUGCAACACAUCCUUGUGCAACAUGUGUGGACGUGCUGUAUGUUGUCAUGUCCAAGACAUGGGUGACUUCGGGGUCAAUAUGUCCGUGUGUUUUGGGUAAAAAGUCUAACUGUAGCAGGUGUAGUUGUGUAUUUUGGUAGUGCUUGAGCAUACAUCCUUUUGUAUUUCAGUUUAUUAACCAGGUAAUGUAUGUUGCAUGUUUAAUUAAGUGCAACUUUAUGCAGCAUUAUUUAUCAUAUACCAAAGUGUUACGAUAGUAAAACUACAAAAGAAAAAAC